AUGUCUCAUAUUAGAGUAACUUUCAAAGUUUGAAUUUCUUUGAAAUUCCUCAGCCUGUAAUCUUAGAGCAAUUUCUUCAUCUCUAGAAAUGUCUGUCUCUUGGUUCGCUUUAUUAAUGGGUUUUCUAUAAUAAGAUUCUGAAAGUAAACUUCUUGGUUCAUCUCUAAGAUUCUGAUUUCUGGCAGUUUCUUCUAUACACUCGAUUGCAUCAUCCAAAUUCGAUUCUUGUGACCUGUUACUUAAUUUUUCAAAAUAUAAAGGACUAUCGUACUGUGGUAUAUAUGGUUUUAUAUCCAGUACAGGUGACUGAUCAACCAUAUCUACACCUUCAAAGUAAAUUGUGUGAUUUUCUAUGGUUGUAAUUUUUACUAAACUCAAACCAAUUGGACACGGACGAUGUGGCGAACGUGUAGAAAAUACACCUGUUUUUGUACCAUUUAAUCUUGGAGGUGCAACUUUAGCACGAACGUGUGUUGAAUCAUUUCUAUGAAAGUAGAAUAGAACCCUAUUGAAUUAAAAAUGAUUUUGCAUCAAUUGUUUAGGAAUAAAUAAAUAAAAUAAAACUUGUUUACUAAAUAAGUUGUCCUACCACAUAUGUGAGAAAUCUUGUAAUCCUUCUAAUGCAUGAUUGGGAUUAGUAAAUAUUGAAUUAUAUAAUAACAGUUUUCCAGGUACUUUCCCACAGAUACGUGUUUGUCUGGGUGUACCUCGUUUACUAGGGAACCAAGUAGAUAUUACUCCAAUUGGUUUUAACUUUACAGCAUCUUCAUCUGUACUAGUGCUAGGUUUCACAUCAUCUGAACCUGUGAUUUUUGUCUUAGAUGCAGAUGAUCCAUUUCUAUACGAUUCCAAAAGUCGUUUUAUACUAUCAACAUCUUUUUCAUGUAUAUAUCGAAGACUUUUUAUUUGUUGUCUGUAAAGAUUAAAAAAAUAAUCAUAAUGUUAUUAUAACACAUUAUAUCACAUAUCAAUAAAACAAUUAUUUUAAUUUUCAAUAAAAAAUAUAAUAUUUGUAUUCUAUUGUUUAUUUCACACAUAUGUAAUAUUUAUACGCCCAUGUAUGUACGAGAACAUACGUGUGCUUUACAAAUAUACAACUAUACAGAAAACAGCAUGUGUAGAACUUGUUGAUAUCUUUUUGAAUAAUUCUCUGGAUUAUAAAGACAGGAUGUAAUAAAAAAAAAAAAUGCAAAUAAUACCUUAAAUUAUUGAUUUCUUUUCUAGCUAUAUUUAACUGACCGAGCAAAUAUUUCGAACUAA